UAUUCAAACCUGUUCUUGUGGCGCCGCUGUUCACAGGUCACAGGAAAAUCUCCGCUAUGAAGCAGCGGACUGUCAGCGCCCGCCCGGGACCUUCAUAUAAAACCCGACCUGGAAAGAGCGGGUCCGUCAAGAGUAGAAAUGCUUUGUCUGAACGCUGUAAACUGGCAGCUGCCUCUGAAUCAAGCAAGUCCGGGCCCAGCACCGCCAUUGAGGAGAGCCGGGAGCAUGGCGCUCUGCUGGUGGAGGAGGGGAUGUGUGUGACCCUGCUGCAGCCUGGAGAGAAAUUGACUUUCGUAGGUAAAUGUGUCCUGACCUGCUUGUAUGGCAGUGUAAAAGUGCUCGGCCUGACGAUCAACUCGAGCAAAAUACCUUAUGAGCUGUUUUCACCGAAAACUCAUGCACCUCUGGCCAUCGAAGGGCUAAAGCAAAAGAAGUGUAAAACGCGUAAGGAGAUCCGAAUGGAGGCGCGGAUGCUGCUGCGCGGAUACUUGUCCUUAGAUUGCAGACGGGCGGUAAUGAAAAACUUUAAAUCAUCCUGUGCCAUCCUGCUGCUUGAACGUUUGGAGGAUCCUGCUGUUAACUACAUUUUGAGUCACCCAGAAUAUGCCAACAUCUUUGGCAAAGAAGUGAAGAGGACACAUUCUUCUGCAGUGAGUGAUCCAGUUCUAAAUUCUAUAGGGGUUCAUGGUUGUGAUCCAGACACGGCUGUGACUAUGUCGGAGGAAGUGGUGUCAGCAGCCCAGCAAUUAGUCAGCGCCUGCCUUGAGGAAGACAACGGCUGCCCCAUUAUUCUUGUUUGUGGCCCCAAAAAUGUUGGAAAGUCAACAUUCAACAGAUAUCUCAUCAACCAGCUUCUACAGCACAUCCCCUGCGUUGAAUACUUGGACUGUGACCUGGGGCAGACUGAAUUUACACCUCCUGGUUGUGUCUCAUUGUUAAGCAUUACUAAGCCUGUUCUUGGACCUCCCUAUACUCAGCAGCGGGACCCUCACAAAAUGGUUUACUUUGGAGAGACCUCCUGUGAACAGGACAUGGAGCGGUUUGUCGAGUCGCUAAAAUACGUCAUAACAAGUUAUAAGAGAGACCAACCGCUCAUCAUCAAUACCAUGGGAUGGGUUAAAGGAUUCGGAUUGUUGCUGUUGAUCGACUUAAUACGUCUACUUUGUCCAAGUCAUAUAGUCCAAAUGACCCUCAAAGACAAAAAUUUGAUGGAGCCACUGACGCCUGAAUAUGUCAGGAACUCAGCAGGUUUUAUGACAAAAGCUCAGUCACAGGCUCAGUGCAAAAACCGAAGCAUGGAUUUCAUAGAUGAAGAGGAGCAGGACUACAGUGACCAGCUUCAUUCCCGAGCAUCCGGGGUUCAUCAUCUCAUUCAGAUCGAGAGCAGCUUUGACGGAGCAGGAGAUACUGACAACAUACCUUGCCAUAACUGGAUCCUGCGUGACCUCGCGAUGUUGGGGUAUAUCAGUAAAUUGCAGCAGUUUGAUCCAGACCAGAUAAUCCCAUUGAAUGGGCUCUUACCUUAUGAGGUGCCUUUUAAUGCGGUCGCUCUUCGGGUGAUCCAUGCAGAUGUGUCUCCAUCUCACAUCAUGUAUUCCGCUAAUGCCAGCUGGGUUGGCCUCUGCCACAUUCUGGAUGACGUCAGCAGUCAGGACAGCGGUCCUGUUCUAUUAACGCAGACUCCAAUCUGCGACUGCGUGGGAUUCGGUAUUAUCCGGGGAGUUAAUUUGGUCAAAAAGGUCUACCACAUUCUUACCCCUUUGCCACCUGAUACUCUUCGAUGGGUCAAUUGUUUGCUCAUAGGCAACAUAUCUGUACCACACAGCAUCUUCAAGCAUCAGCCCGGAGUACAGGGAGACCUCCCCUAUGUAACCACAGAAUAUGACUUCACAAUAUACGGAUCUGGGAAAAUAAAGCUGAAUAAACAUCUGAAAAGACGGGAACAUCUAUAAAAAAAAUAAAAAUUAUAAUCCUUCAUACUUUUUUAUUUAAUUG